AUGAACAAGAUUGGCCACACAGCUUUAGAUGUCUUAGAGGCCUACAACGUCUAUCCAAGAGAUGUGAAAUGGUUUGAAAUCCAAAACAUUCUCAAGGAAGCUGGUGUUAGAAGAUCAACGAAUCGAAAUUCGUCCUUAUCACCAACACUGAGUGGUAAUGGUGUUGAUGAAGCAAAACCAUCUCAAUCAAGGUUUAGGGGAUGGUGGGAGUGCAUUCGUUCAUCAUUAGUUAAACACUUGAGGCACGAGGAAAAUUGGAUCCAGGAAACACGUGGUACAUUGAUGGAAGCCAAUAUGGCUGCACUUUAUGAAGCCUCAAGGAAUGGGUGUAUAAGCACCUUAACCACAUUGAUCCAAAGCGAUGCACGCAUCCUUGAUAGAGUUUCACUCACAUCUUUUAGUGAGACCCCCUUACACUUAUCUAUUUCGCAUGGCCACCUUGAAUUUAGUAAAAUUCUUGUCAGCAAGAAGCCUAAACUUGCAAAAGCGGUAGACUCGUUGGGACAAACCCCUCUUCACUUGGCGUCUGCUGAGGGCCACACUGAGAUAGUACAAGCAUUGUUGCAAACAAAUAUAAAUGCUUGCUUAGCUCGUGAUCAAGAUGGGAGAAUUCCUCUCCACUUAGCUGCAAUGAGAGGAAGAAUAGGGAUCAUAGAAAAGUUGAUUAAAGCUCGACAAGAGUCCAUCUUGAUGAAUCUCGAAGGAGACAGUGUAUUGCACUUGUGUAUUCGAUAUAAUCAUCUCAAUGCUCAAAAGUUGUUAGUGGAAUUGGCUAAUGGCAAUGAAUCAUUCCUCAGCUCCAAAGACCUCGAUGGCAACUCAAUAUUGCAUUUAGCAGUGAUGCUCAAGCAAAAGCAGGUGCGAUAA